AUGGAUGAAGCUGUCAUGAAACUUAUGAAAGGGAAGAGCAAUUCUCCGAAACUAGAGAAAUUGUGGGAAAAUUCCGAAAGUGAAUUUAAUCCAAGAGAAAUUCAGAAUCAUUAUGAAACAAUUUUAAUAAAGGUUAUGGGAUAUAUUUGGCAUAGAUACAAGGAUAAUUUUAAAUUUGAGGUAACUAAUCUCAUCCAAUUUAUAAAGAACUCUGAUAAAACAAAAAUAACACUUAUUCGAUCUUCUGGAAGAAUUUUUGAUCCUAUUGGAUUUUCAUCGCCUUUUACAAUGCGGUUGAAAACACUUUUCCAAGAACUUUGGGAAAAAAGAAUACACUGGGAUGAGGAGCUACCAGUCGAUAUAGCUCACCAAUGGGAUACUUGGUUUGAAGAAUUACCUUUGGUUAACAGUCUCAAAAUUUCAAGUUAUUAUUUUGAUUCAACUUUAAUCGAAGAUAUGAAAUCCAUCCAAAUUCAUUGUUUCACAGACAGUAGUGAAAUUGCCUAUGGAGCCGUAAUCUACUUAGGGUUUACAGACACCAAUAAUGACAUCAGUGUAAAGUUUCUUUUAUCUAAAGGUAGAUUAGCACCGCUGAAGAAAUUGACGAUUCCCAGGCUUGAACUAAGUGCUGCUUUAAUAGGUGCUAGAUUAAUUUCUCAUAUCAAACCAGUUUUUCAAAAUAUACAUGGAUUCGUCUUCAAGGUGGAAGCCAACCUGGCCAACAGAGUGCGAGAAAUUCAAUCUUUGACUGACUCAGGAAUUUGGCAUCAUUUUCCUGGUCAAACAAAUCCAGCCGACAUCAUUACCAGAAGUAGAAAGUUAUCAGAACUGAUUACCAGUGAUUUAUGGUGGUCUGGUCCUGAGUGGUUGCACAGAGAAGAAAAUUGGCCUCAUGCUCCAUAUAUUGUUUCAGAUAGCGAUAACUUUACUCUUGAUUUAGACACCCUUAAAUCUUACGUUUCUCUCUUAAUUUUUGCUGAGGAAAAUCUCGUUGAUUUAAAACUGUUUAGGACUCUAAAUAAAACUAUCAGAGUAACAGCAUGGAUAAAACGAUUUGUACACAAUUUAAAAAUGAAAACUAAGAGUACUGAGUUUUUGAAUUCCUCUGAAAUGUCUGAAGCAGAAACCUUCUGGAUAACUCGUGUUCAAGAAUCAGCCCUAAAACUUGUGGUAGGUAAGUACACUUGUGGUAGGUAA